GGCAGUAGUUGCAGAGGUCAGCCCCGCCCCCUUUCUCUUUCCCUCGGCUUCGGACCAGGCGGCGGCAGGAUUCUAAAGCUCAGCCAUGGCCAAGAUUAAAGCCCGGGACCUUCGCGGCAAGAAGAAGGAAGAGCUGCUCAAACAGCUCGACGACCUGAAGGUGGAGCUGUCGCAGCUGCGCGUUGCCAAAGUGACAGGCGGCGCGGCGUCCAAACUCUCCAAAAUCCGAGUUGUCCGCAAAUCCAUUGCUCGGGUUCUCACCGUCAUCAACCAGACUCAGAAGGAGAACCUCAGGAAGUUCUACAAGGGUAAGAAGUACAAGCCCCUGGAUCUGCGGCCCAAGAAAACGCGGGCCAUGCGCCGUCGCCUCAACAAGCACGAGGAGAGCCUGAAGACCAGGAAGCAGCAGCGGAAGGAGCGGCUGUACCCACUGCGCAAGUACGCAGUCAAGGCCUGAGCCCUGUGUGUCAAUAAAACAAACCGGCUGA